AUGCCCCCAACUUUUAAGACCCUUGCUAGCAAAGCGAACCUUGGCGCCCGUUAUGUGAAUGAUUAUACAAGGUAUCUAAUCCAAGACGUUAUUAAGGAAUCAGAAGUGCCCUUGGGUACUGAACAAGAAACAUUUGCUGCAAUCGGUUCCGAUGUGCUGACCAUCUCAACGUACUCUGAUGAUAAUUUCCAUGGACGAGCCGACCAACUGUGGCUCGUUGGAAGGAUUGCAACUCUUCGUUUGGUGGCGAUGCACCGCGCAGCUUCCGCGUUGCAGGAGCGUUUGAAGCCACCCUUUCCAUCUGACUCUUACCGCAUUUCACUUGCUAUAUCUACAUCGGCUAUCAGUCUGUUUACAUCGAUUCCAUGGGGAGUUUCAUUGGGAUAA